GCUGUGCUGCGUGUGCACAGACGUCUGCAUUCCACUCUGUCACUGAAAUCCUGAUUCCUGCGUGAGGUUGCAAAAGCACGCUCUGCCAGGUUGCCAGCUCGUGUUCUGGAGCAAACAGUUCCCCACUCAAGUCCUGCAGCUCGUUUUCACCCCGGUCAGAGCGGCUGUGCGAGCCUUCUCGUCACCUCCGUGCGUGACUGCUGACAGGAAGAUUACAAACCUUCACAACAAAAAAAGCCGCUUCCUGCCGCUUCUUGUGAGGCGUGCGAGGAUUGCACUGUGUUUGUGCUCUGCUGAGGUCGAUCAACCCACAGCGUGGUCAUCAGCUUUGGCAUACACCACCACAACUCUCUUGCGAUGUUCAAAAAAUUCACCCAUGAGGAGGUUUCGGGGCAGAACCAAGUGAAAUCCUCAGUGCAGAGGAAGAUCCGGCAGAGUAUCGCCGAUCAGUAUCCUCUGCUCGAGCCUGUCUUAGACGAUCUUCUUCCAAAAAAGGAGCCUCUGAUCGUUGCUAAGUGUCAGAACCACCUAAACCUCGUCGUCAUCAACAACGUUCCCCUCUUCUUCAACAUCCGGGAUGGCCCUUACAUGCCAACACUCCGCUUACUGCACCAGUAUCCGACGGUCAUGAAACGGGUGCGGGUCGACCGGGGCGCUAUCAAGUUCGUGCUAUCCGGAGCGAACAUCAUGUGUCCUGGUCUCACGUCAAAAGGCGGCGCGCUAGAAGACGAAGUGGAUGCAGAACAACCGGUGGCAAUUCACGCAGAGGGGAAAGAGCUUGCGCUUGCGAUCGGCAUGACAAAAAUGUCGACGGGGGAUAUAGCGAAAAUAAACAAGGGAAUUGGGGUCGACAAUAUUCACUAUCUAAACGACGGCCUUUGGAAGACGCUACAUCUAGAUUGAACCUUUCCUCGAGGAGCCUUGUCGACUUGAUAGGCCUUGUAUAUUUGACCAUCUACCUAGUGACGAAGCAGAAGCAGCUUCUGUAACGCCUGACACCGAUUGAGCUAGAGCUGAAGAAUUCCUGAGGUGCGGCAGGUGCCUUAUGUCUGCAUGGACGCACUUCAGUCGUCGAUGAUGGCCGCAGAAGUCAUGCAACAACUCGGAUGCCAAGG